GGAUAUCAAGAUAACAAGUUGAUGACACUACUUAUUUAAAUGCAGGGGUAAAUAGAAACUGAAUGACUUCUGUGUUUCCCCUCACCAUCCCCCAAGCCUUCAUCUGUGUGUUGUGUGACAUUUUUAUUCUCAUAUGUAUGUGCACGAGAUAUUGAGGGCCCAUCUUACUGUCUGGUCUCAUCUCUAAGAGAAGAAUUGUAGCGAUGAUGUCUGGUGAAUUGAUCUACUCAAAUCUAAAUUUCUGCGAGACUCAGAAGCAAUCUGCUGGGAACAUUUCGAAAGCGAGACGAUGUGCCUCUGGCUGGGAGAUCUUCAAUGGAUCAUGCUACCACUUCUCUGAAGACAAACUGACCUGGGAACAGAGUGAAUAUCCGUGAAGCCUGUAUCCGUGAAGGAGGACAUCUGGUCAUCAUAGAGAGUCAGCAGGAGCAGGUAUGGAGUAAUGAACAGUCAGAUAAUGUACCAGCCGGUAUGGAUAGAAUGUUCACUUGCUGCCUAAUAUAUCCCAACCAUUGACAGGUGCCAUGAUAACACGAUUAUCAGUGUUAUUCCUUUCACCUGUCAGUGAUCAUAAUAUUAUAGCUGAUCCGUAUACAGUGGAUAUUGAAAGUCUACACAUCCUUAAAGAAACAAAAUGAAUGAGAUUUCCAUAUUCCAUGUCAGCGCCUGGCUGGGGUCCUCUAGGCAUCUCUAUGCACCUCGGGGCCACCUCUGAUUGUCCCCAAAUAGAGAUGUGGAUCAUUGUUUGCAUUAUGUGCUUCAAGUGGCCUCUCUUUUUUUCUGUUUUCUGUUAAAGUUUACAAAGAAGAACAUUUAAAGGAUGUUUCCCUUUAACUUUGCACCUGUGUCCUGCUUCCUAAAUCGUGCACUUCUAGAAUCAAUAUAUUUAAAUUGUCCUUGAAACUAUAACUGCAAAAAGUUAAAACAGCUUUUUGCAGUAACAUGUCCAUUGACAAUUUUGAAUGUAUUGUGGAAUAGAUAGAAGUCACAUUAAGUAUGUUUAGCUGCAUUUUAAAUAGUUAAUACUAAUGUAUUUCAUAUGAUCAUGAUAUAAUCAGUUAAAAAAGGGGGGUAUUGGACCCUCCAAAACCAUGAUCUUAACAACAUGGAUACCUUUCACUACAUUAUUUACCAUGAACAUAUGAGUCCUUUGUCAAGAGAUUCAUACAACACACAGUAACUUACUGUAAACUUACAGAUCACCAAACAGAAAAAUAUGUAGUCAGACACACAGGAUAUGCUGUACUGUUAAAUGUAACACUUACUGUACAUACUACAGGACAUUUUUUAACAAAUGUGAAAGAACAAAUGUAUUGGUAGUGUCUGUAGAGAGGAUAUCAAGAUAACAAGUUGAUAACACUACUUAUUUAAAUGCAGGGGUAAAUAGAAACUGAAUGACUUCUGUGUUUCCCCUCACCAUCCCCCCAAGCCUUCAUCUGUGUGUUGUGUGACAUUUUUAUUCUCAUGUGUAUGUGUACGAGAUAUUGAGGGCCCUUCUUACUGUCUGGUCUCAUCUCUAAGAGAAGAAUUGUAGCGAUGAUGUCUGGUGAAUUGAUCUACUCAAAUAUAAAUUUCUGCGAGACUCAGAAGCAAUCUGCUGGGAACAUUUCGAAAGCAGUAACGAUACGUGAGGAGGAUGUCACAUACUCUGAGGUCAGAACUGGAGCCAGGCAGCAGGAGAAUGCUGUGCAAGACACUUGUUCUGGUGACUCAUCUCCCCCAGUGGGGUCAAAGGUUGUGACUCCUGAGAGAGGAUCACAGAGGGUUGUUUUGGUGACCCUGGUGUGUCUCUGUGUUGUACUGCUAGUUCUGUCCAUCACUCUGGGAGUCCUCUAUACUAAGAACAUGAUUGAUCAUCAAGCUGAGAAGGCUCGCUCUGAAGAUCUCCUUGCCGAAAUGAAGUACAAUUUAACCGCCCAGAAAGACCUUUUAUCCUCAGAAAUCCAAAACUACAAAAGGAACCUUACUGAAAUCAACAAACUCCUGGCAAAUGUCACAGCGAGACGAUGUGCCUCUGGCUGGGAGUUCUUCAAUGGAUCAUGCUACCACUUCUCUGAAGUCAAACUGACCUGGGAACUGAGUCAAUAUGCCUGCAUCCGUGAUGGAGGACACCUGGUCAUCAUAGAGAGUCACCAGGAGCAGGACUUUAUUAGAAUGAAGGUGGGAAACACUGACAUUACAAACAGCUACUGGAUUGGAAUGACAGACAAUAAGGCGGAGGGAGUUUGGGUCUGGAUGGACAAUACACCCCUUAAUAACAACAUCAAGUACUGGGAUCUAAACAAUGGAACAGGUGACAGUGCCUAUCCAGAACCAAAUAACUGUCCUCCAGGUGAAAACUGUGCCCAAAUGGGUCGGCACUGUUCUGUUCAAAUCAGUUGUUGGUUUGACUAUGGAUGUAAUAUACUAUCUAAAAGCAUCUGUGAGAGUCGGUCAAUUAAAUAAUAAUCCCGACUAAUAAAAUCCUUCCUAACCAGCACAAGGUGGUGCUUUUUGGACAGUAUACAGUAUCUCACAAAAGUGAGUAUACCCCUCACAGUUUUCUAAUAUUUGAUUAUAUCUUCUCAUGUGACAACAAAGAAGAAAUCACACCAAUGUAAAGUAGUGAGGGUACAGCUUGUAUAACAGUGUAAAUUUGCUGUCCCCUCAAAAUAACUCAACACACAGCCAUUAAUAUCUAAACCCCUGGCAACAAAAGUGAGGACACGCCUAAGUGAAAAUGACACCCAUUCAAAAAAAGGAUCGCCAUUGCACUGUGGAAACCAGCAACGAACUCAGUACAGGAGCAUUUCUCAUUUGGAGCCUGCAUUACUACAAUGUGUCACUGUACACAAUUUCUGCAAACACUGAGAACGCUUUUGGCAGACUGCAGGGCAGAUGGAGGUGCUUGUUAAAACUAUUUGCAACAUACACAAGGUCAAAUCCAUGGUUAUAGCAUGUUUCUCUGAAUGCUGAUGAGUACAGAGAAUAAUGAGGUGUCACUGCAUUAAACCAGCCUGACAGGUCACUGCCAUCCACUGUAGAGACCAAUGGGCUUGACACACGUACAGGUUUGAAGUACAUCAUUAGACCUGUAUGUGUGUCUAGACCCUCGCCCUCUACAGUACAUGUUUGUUUCAUUCUGUGAUUUAAUAAAUAUAUCAGCAGUUAG